UAAUGCUGUCCACAACACUGGCGUACGUGGUCCCAGUUUCUUUCUUUAAAGACCUUGAAAAGUCCACAUUUAUCUAGUGCGCAGAACCAGACAGCUGCAGCAUUUCUUCGCGGGCGUCGUCUAAAAAUAGACUCACACUCUGCUGCAGCUUGGCACCUGUCGUUUAAAAUCAUCUUCCGAAACGUUAACAACAACAACAACAACAACAACAACAAUAACGAGAAAAGAGCUGCAGAGUUGCAAGUUGUGAGAGCGACAUACCAGCCUCCUGCGAACAGAAAUGUGCGCAAAGAUCUGCAGGGCACAGUGGCGACAGAUCACAUCGUAGAAUUGUAAACAAGGGGUCCUUUUAAACACGAAGUGGGGUUUCCUGAAUGAGUGACCGAGUGUCCGACAGCCUUGGUGAUCUGUGAAGGGCACCCAUGGCCCACAGUGUGACCGACCAUCAGAGCCCUCUGCCCGUGUCCGAAGCCACCGUGCUGGCCCCCUCCGGCCAAGCACAGGACCUGAGUUCCAGAUGGACGGCUGUGGACUCCCUGCUGUGCGGGGCGUUCGCUGGAGCUGUUGCCAAAACAGUCAUCGCACCUCUGGAUCGGACCAAGAUCAUUUUCCAAGUGUCCUCCAACAGAUUCUCAGCUAAGGAGGCGUUCAGGUUCAUCUGCUGCUCCUACAUGAAGGGCGGGCUGCUCAGCCUGUGGAGGGGGAACUCUGCCACCAUGAUCAGGGUCAUGCCCUACGCUGCCAUCCAGUUCACCUCCCACGACCAGUACAAAAGACUACUGGGGGGCUACUACGGCUACCAGGGCCAAGCUCUGCCUCCUUUCACACGCUUCCUGGCUGGCUCUCUGGCCGGCACCACUGCUGUGAUGUUCACCUAUCCCUUAGACAUGGUGCGAGCCAGGAUGGCCGUCACAGCCCGCGAAAUGUACAGCAACAUCAUGCAUGUCUUCAUGCGGAUCUCCCAAGAGGAGGGUAUCAGGACCCUUUACAGAGGCUUCACUCCCACUAUCAUGGGUGUCAUUCCAUAUGCAGGGAUCACAUUCUACACCUUCGAAACCCUCAAGAAGAUACACGCAGAAAAGACCAAGCGACCGCAGCCACACCCCCAUGAGCGCCUGGCUUUCGGUGCCUGCGCAGGCCUCAUUGGUCAAUCUGCCUCGUACCCACUGGAUGUGGUGCGUCGCCGCAUGCAGACGGCCGGCGUCACCGGGUCAGCGUACGUCACAGUCCUAGGGACUAUGCGUGCGAUCGUAACACAGGAGGGAGUCAUACGUGGGCUAUAUAAAGGCCUGAGCAUGAACUGGCUUAAAGGGCCCAUUGCCGUGGGGAUUAGCCUCUCCACAUUUGACAUCACAAACGACCUCCUGCUCAAAAUGCACCAGAUAGGCUUCUCUGCUCACUGAAUCAUUUCAAACAAGGAAGAGGAAAAAGCGAAGACGGAUGUCAGGGAGCCGUUUAACUAUCUCACAUGGUAUUAAUAUGUUUGUGCACAGUCAGAGCUAGGCCUGCUGCACACUCCUUUUCCCUUCACAGUGUCAGAGGAGGGGAAGAGUGGACAGGAGAUGCACGGAGGAACACAGUUUCUCACACUCUGGUAAACAGGAUUCACUGACAGAGAGGGUGAGGAGGCAAAAUGAAUUGUCUUUAAAUCGUUAUUGACCCCACGUUGCCAUCAUUGUGGCUAAAGUAAAUAACAAGUGAACAGUAGACAAAGAAACAUUUUGUUCUUGGAGAUUAUGGAGCACUUGUUUGUGUUGUGUUUAUAAGAUAAUGCUUGCACUUUAUUCAACCUACAAUGUUCUUUCAAAUUAAUCUGGCAGAAUCAACAGAGAGAACGUGUUUGUAAUGAAUUGCAUUGCUUUUAAUUGGAGGGGACAUUUUAUUUUUUAUUUUAAUCAAGUUGCUUUGUUUUUCUUUGAUUAUUUUUAAAUAGUCUAAUCGUGCAGGGGUUGAUUUUUUUUAAUGAAAGGAGUUAUGCAAUAUCUUUUUCUUAAAAUUUCAAUUUUAUGAUGGUGCAUCUGUGUGUUGAAUUGAGAUUGAGAAAGUUGGUGAUCAUGUCAGCAGGACUGCACGGUUUCACUGUCCGUCCAUCCAUCACGGAGGAGGAGGUGUAGUAUUAAAAUAAGUGGUGGCUAAUCAUAUGAUAAAUAAAUAUAUAACAGAUUUCUAUGUGAUUACUAUUAGGAUGUCAGUUGUGUACUGUGUCGCCGUUGUUGUGCUUUGACUUGACUGUAAAGCGUUGCUUGCCUGAAAAAUCUGCCAAAGCACUGAACAAAGGCAUGCAUUUAAUGUGAAUAAGGAGUUCAUUUGCUUCCACUGCUAUGUACAUUUCAAAGAGACAGUAUUUCCAAAGAUGUACGUUUACAGGCUCAUGUCAAACUGACCCUUCAAUAAAGUAUCCAUCCACAA